AACUCUAGUCUCCAUCCGCCAUUUUCAGCACAUUGGAAAGCAGGUAGACCAAAAACUACACUGUGCCGGUGAACACAACAGAAUCCAUGAAAUAAGAAAGGGCUCAAAGUUCAGUUGAGUGUUAAAUCCUUGGUGCAGCCUGUAAUGGCUUUGCCUCAAGGAACAUAUGAAACCUUGGAUGACAUCCCAGCCCAUGUGUGGAAGGGGCUGCCAAACAGCAUGAAGCUGGGACCAUCAGCUGUCAACCCCAAUCGCAUUGGUGUCUGGACAUCUAGAUUAAUACCUAAAGGCAAAAGGUUUGGACCAUUUGUGGGAGAACGAAAGAAGAGAUCUCAAGUGACGAGCAAUGUUUACAUGUGGGAGGUAUAUUUUCCAGCCUCGGGGUGGAUGUGUGUAGACGCCACGGAUCCAAUGAAAGGAAACUGGUUGCGGUAUGUGAACUGGGCACGCUCUUCUCAAGAGCAAAACCUCUUUCCACUGGAGAUCAACAGAGCUAUUUACUACAAAGUGUUAAGGCCAAUCGGACCGGACGAAGAACUUGUCGUGUGGUACAAUGGGGAAGACAAUCCUGAGAUAGCAGCUGCAUUAGAGGAAGAAAGGACUAGCAACCUGAGCAAGAAGAGUUCACCUAGAGCAAAGCGAGCAAGGAAGAAGCUGUCGGAAAAAGUCAGGCAGGCUGAUUUGGGUGGAUUCUGUGAACCGAAGAAAUCGAGUGCCGCUGAACCCUCAAUCGCAGAGAUGUGGGACUCAGAGGAAGGGAUUAAUGGUGAGGAAAGACCCCCUUCACCUUCAGAGUUGCAACAGGAGAAUGCAGCUUCCCAGUCGUCUUCUACGGAAAAUGAAAACCCUGUCCAGUCUCAUACAACAGACAUGAACCAGAGGGAAGGAUUGGAUGAGGAAAAUGCAGAGGAUGAUGGACAACUUCAGCAGCCACAGUUAAAUCAGAGCCCACAGCAUCCCUCUAAGGCAGAAUCAGUUGAUGGGAAUGAAAAGUCUCUCCUGCAUUUACGCUCAGGCAGCCCUGCAGAAGAAAGCUCUGAGAGUCCGCUGUGUGAUACAGAGUGUAUAUCUUUAGCGAAUCCUGAGUUGGAGGCAGAGGGGGAUUUUGAGGAUGACCCCCAAGGAGGAACGUACCCCUGUCAGCAUUGCGAGCGACAUUUCUCCACCAAACAAGGCCUGGAACGCCACACUCACAUUCACACUACUUCAAACCAUCAAACUCAUACUUUUAAAUGCCGGUACUGUGCCAAGCCCUUUGGGUCUCAGGUAGGCAGGCGCAGACAUGAACGUAGACAUGAGAAUGGGAGUAGAACUUUAAAUAGGCCCGGAUCACUUAGCGGAACAACGUUCCUCCACAGUCCCACAGCACCCAAUGAUUCUGCUACCUCUGGCAGUGCAUCCUCUCCAAGCCAUUCAGUCAUUAUGAACACACAGAACGGUCCACCUCAGCAAACCUCUGACAGUUUGAAAAAAGAGCCUGGUGCUGAAUCUGACCGACCUUUUAUAUUGAAUGAGAAUGGGGAGUCAAAAGAGCUUCAUCCUUGCAAGUACUGUAACAAGGCUUUCGGCACACACACCAACAUGCGCAGGCACCAGCGCAGAAUCCAUGAGCGGCAUCUAAUGCCAAAAGGUGUUCGACGGAAAGGUAUGCUCCUGCAAGAUGGCUCCUCCCAUCAGCAGCAGCAUGAACAAGGGCAGCCUUUUUCGCUCCAGGAAGAGUCACCAAGUGCCAGUCCACCACCAAUUUAUGUGCCCAGUGUGGAGACUGAGGAUGAAGGAGAGAGAGAGGAGUGUAUGGUUGAUAUCUCUAACAACAUUUCUGAAAAUCUCAGCCAUUACAUUGAUGGAAAGAUCCCAUCUACAAGCACAGUGAGCAACUGUGAGUUCAUUGAGGUUGAUUCAAGCACUGCAGCGUUGUUUGGCCUUGAUGCUCUCAUUUUAAGUCCCAAACAAGUUACUCGUGCUCUUAAAGUUGAAACACAGACUUGUCCAGUGAAAGAAGUUUCAUGCGUAGCUCAGACAGCUUCUAAAAGACGAACUGCUACACCACCACUGCUGCCUGCUGUGAAAAUGGAAACAGAAACGGCGUCCUCCUCUUCCUCCCUGUCCUCCCCUUCCUCUCAGUCCUCUUUGUUGGUAGGAAACAUUUUCUCCCAGUCAACUGAAACGUUAGCUGUUCAGAAGGAGAAAACAGUUUAUCUUUCUCCAAAACUCAAACAAUUACUACAGGCCCCGGAUGGUCAGAAACCAGCCAUAGGUCUAAUUACAGAUAGCCAUAGAUUGACCACCCCGCUUUCCGUAACUUCACUGCCUGCUGUCCAAGGAAAGUUUAAAAGAAGAACUGCCUCCCCUCCCACAACUUCACAGAGUAGCCCGCCACAAAUAAAUGACAGCAUAAGCUCUGCAACUGGGGUUUCAUGCUCUCUGAAGGUGCCAAAGAUUGAAAGCCAUUGCAUGACACAUUCCUGGAGUUUGUCCAGCAAAGAUCAUGGGGAUGCUGUAAGCCUUACAGGAAAAGACUGGUCUCCUUCAAGAAGUGGGGGGAAUUCUUGCAAUCAGCAGCCGCUUGACCUUUCGAAUUCCUUCAGUAAAAAAGAAAAUAGUGUAAGCAAAGGCUGUGGAGAGGCUGUGCUUGACUUAAGUAUGAACCGUAAAAGUCCCGUCGACCAUGAAUUAAAGACAAGCUCAGCCACACUAAUGCCACAUGUGAAAAGAAAGAAACCCAAUACCAGCAUUUUAGAGAAAGUCUUAAUGAACGAGUAUGCUGGCCUAAACUCACCUGGAGAUGAAGGAUCCAAUACUCUUGGAAGCCCUGACGUUCUUUCAUCUUCUGAGAGUGCCACAUGUGUUGGCCCCUCUAGUCCCGGAUCAGGAUCAGAGCGCCUUUCUUGUGAAUCAACCUCUCCUCCUUCUCUGACCCCUAUAACUAUUAAUCCAUCCUCUCCGUCUUCAUCUAGUAUAGCAUCAUCUACACCCCCUCCUCCAGUCUUACCCACUAUCCCAUCACCUCCACCUUUAUCAUCACCUCAUCUUCGGAUGUCAGAUGCCUCUUCACCUGCCCCUUUUCCUGUGUUGUCCCCUAAAAUGUCCCCCAAGGCAGGUGAUAGUUUAGAGGAAGUGUCGAAUUCAUCUGCUUUAACAGAAUCAUGCCAUGAUACAUUCAAUUCCAUUGUUAAUGAAUCAGACCAAGCUGCUGAGCAGUUAGACCCUGCGAUUUCUCCACUGCCUCAGGAUGCAAAAAGACAUUGUACAGCAGAUUCAUCUUUAAAGUCAGAAACACUAAAUGAGGGCUCAACCCAUGAUUCUAAGCCUCAGUUUUUAAGAAAUGCCGAUCAAGCAGGUUCUUCUCACCGAAAGUGGGAUACUGCUUCUGAAACCAGCCAAAGCCAUUCCUGUGAAGGAACUUUCCCUCAAGACCUCAAUGAUAAAACAGAAGGCCGACACAAAUCAAAGUCUUCGCUUUCUACAGUACAAUCAACUCCUAAAAAGGAGUCCUCCUCACCGACCUUCCUCAGAGAAUUGCAUUCUCCGCAGAAAAGUUCAGUGGUUGAUAAGUUGGUUGUAGAGGAUAUAGUGAAAAAAGAGGGGGCGGUUGAUAUAACUGCAAAUGGGGGUAAUGCUUCACCUGGAACUCCACCCAGAAGUUCUGACGAGUUUGAGACACCAGAGCGGGAGACUUUUGUUAAGAGUUUUGUGUGUAACGUCUGCAAAGAGCCAUUUCGCUCCAUCAAAGACCUUAGUGGCCAUAUAAUAGAGCAUGCGUCAGAGUGGCCUUUUAAGUGUGAGUUUUGCGUGCAGUUAUUUGGUAACGCCACUGCGCUCCUCGAGCACCGCUCCUCUCUCCAUGGGGUAGGAAGAAUUUAUAUUUGCUCCAUUUGCUCAAAGGAGUUUGCUUUCCUCUGCAAUCUCCAGCAACAUCAAAGUGACCUACAUCCAAGUCAGAGUUGCACUCACACUGCCGUUGAAAACGGGAAGCUCAGACCUCAGAAUUACACGGAUCCUGCAUAUGCAAAUGUGGAGAAAGACGCUGUUCUUUCCUCAAUUGCUGGAGCUACCUCUGAGGAUUCUUCGGAGGAGCGCAACAGUGACACUAAAAAGGUAGAAGAGGAGGAAAAUGGCCAUGAGGACCCUACAGAAGAACUAUACACUACAAUAAAGAUUAUGGCCUCUGAGGCUGGUAAACCGAAAGGUCCAGAUGUACGGCUUGGCAUUAAUCAACACUACCCCAGCUUUAAGCCUCCACCUUUCCCGUACCACAACCGAACACCUGAUGGCUCGGUUGCCUCCGCCACUAAUUUCACCACACACAACAUCCCCCAAACAUUUAGCACUGCAAUCCGGUGUACCAAAUGUGGAAACAGCUUUGACAACAUGCCUGAGCUACAUAAACACAUAUUAGUUUGUGCUAAUGCUAGCGAUAAGAGACGCUACACCCCUAAGAAGAAUCCCAUUCCUCUUAAACAGGUUGUGAAACAGUCUCCGAAUGGUCUUCUUACCACCACAGGAGAGUCUGCUGGGCAGAAUGCUUUCCGCAGAAUGGGUCAACCAAAAAGGCUCAACUUUAACCAAGAUAUAACCUCCAAAGCAAAGUUAUCAGCCCUAAAUAAGAAGAAAAACCAGCUUGUCCAGAAAGCCAUAUCUCAGAAGAACAAGUCUGCUGCCUCUUUAAAGAAACCGACAACCCGUGUAAAGGAAGAGGAGACUCAUAAGGUCCACGCAUGCCCAUACUGUAGUCGAGAGUUCACAUACCCAGCCAGCCUCAAUAAGCACAUCGCUUGCAGCUGUCCACAAAGACCUGUUGCCAAGAAGUUGAAAAAAGGCGCACUGACACCUCAAGACAAAAACAGGAGUCUCCGAAGUCGAGCCACUGACCCUGAAGUCAAACAAGAACCAGGUUCUGGACCAAGUGCAAAGCCCUUGGGGAAAACCAGAGCCCGGAGCUCUGAGCCAGUUGAGAGUGAAGCUCCACCAGCAAGUAAAGGAAAAGCACCUCAGGUUCGUACAAAGAGGCUAGCCUCGAAUGCAGACAACACAGCGCCACAAACUAAGAAAGGCAAAAAGAGCAAUGAGCCACUGACUUCAAUAACUCCUGCACUUACUGAUGACUCUACGACACGACCACCGUCUAAGAUGCAACGAUCUAAAGAGGUUAUUGUCAAGAAGGAGGUUGUUGUCAAAAAGGAGGCUGUCGUGAAAAUGACACAGUCUAAGAAGGAGGAACGUUUUUCAACAAGGUCGCGGGAGAGAAAAGGUGGGCCAGUGACACGCAGUAUACAGAUGGCUAGUGCUUCAGCUCCUUUGGAAGUGAAGACUGAAGACCUCUCAAACCAAGAACCAGGACAGUCUGAGGAGUCUCUUUUGAAGCUAGCCAGGUAGAACGCCACAGUCUCCAAAGGAUUGCUUUAGUCAAUGACUGGAAGGGGAACUUCUUUCAACUAAAUUGGAUUAACUUGAUCACAGCCUGAAUGUUCAGGGGGACCAGGAGUUAUCUCCCUGCUCAUGUCUUGCGUUGGCCCAUUGGAAGUUUCUUCUCAGUGCACUUUUAUAAAUAAGCCUUUAACCCCCUACCCCCAAAACGGAUUGAAGAAUAUGAUAAAUAAAUAAAUCUCUAUUAAGAAUAGUAUUACUUGAUUUAUAAAUGUUGACCUAUUGGUUUUGCUUAGGUAUUGCAAGAGGCAAUCAUUCAACAGUUUCUCUUUCUUAGACUAAUUCACCCCAUUUAAUCUGUAAGGUAUUUGGAUCCAGUGGUUUCCUAAUGCAUGUGCUUCUGUAUACAGUAUGAUUGGACUCAUCCUCUCUUCAUGACUGUACUCCAUUUUGACCUGCUCAUCUUUUACUGAGAAAAAUUAUUUGAAGAGUAUAUAUGUAUAUUUAAGUAAAUGUAAUCCUUCACAGGGAAUGUUUAUCAUACUGAGGCUCUCAUCUGAGAGGCUUUUUUGUUUUUACUUUAUUGUUGAUGUUUUUGUUUAUUUUGUCAUAGUAAAUAAAUCGAGCUGUUUGAUACAGUCAGAGUGAGCAGGAGAAAAAAGUUUGCUGGAUGUAAAAGGCAUUCGACCUUCACCUAAACCAGCCAAAACCGUAAGCCAUUUUAUUUCUUCUUUUCUUUUCUCUGUACCUUUUGUAAUCUACAGAAUCUACAGCAGGGCUGCUGGCCAUUAAAAUUACACUAAAACUACAACUGGGAAUGACAAACUCUGUUCUGCACUUGCAUGAAAAUGAAUUAAUUGUUGUAAGUGCCAUUAUUACAGCCCAAAUUAUGUAAUCGUUUGCUUACAUUUAGUGAUCUGGUCAAUCAGGUUACUUGUUUCUGAAGAAAAGCACUUUAUUUAGGCUAAUUUGCCUUUUAUGGAUAUCUCAAAGUUUGAGGUGGUUUUACAAUAUGUGAUAACACCUGCUUGAAAACUCUAUGAAAACCGCAUUAAUUUUCACUGGUAUACUAUAAGCACGUUAGUCAUAGCCUGCGGCAACCUCAGAAAUUUGCUUCCAGUCUAAUAAGACCUAGUUAAUGUCGCAUUAUUAGUAUAAUUAGCCGUUAUUGCCAUGAUGCCACCACAAGCACUCAGUUUCUUUGGUAACCAAGCAUUACACAAACGUUUUUAUCGUUUCUCAUUUUUAUAAAAUGGAUAAGGACUCUUCUUUAAUAGAACAUCAACUGGACUUAGAAUCCUUAGUGGUCUACCUCCUGGCAAGCUUUGAACUGAUGCGUUUUCUGCCUUUGGACAGCGUAAAUCCCUCUCACUCCUAAGCCUGUCUCUGCCGUGUCAUUUCCACUUUACCACCUGGACAAUGAGGACUGGGAUCUGAACAAGAUCUGAAUGCUUGAAAUGUUUUUUUUUAAGCAAGGAACUUGAAAUGAUACUACUUUUUCUUUGCAGAAUUUUCAUCUUGCAGUGUGUCUUUGCUGUCCUGCAUUGAUAUAUUUUUGGGAAUGAAAUGUUGACCGUGUUUUGUGAUUAUGAAUAAUAACCUUCACAAAUGUAAAAUGCAUUGUUCU